UUUCAUGGAAAAUAAUGAGCAAAGAAAAUAGAGAAGAAGAAGACGAUCACAACGAGUAUUUUCACGAUUCCCUUGAUCGUUUACUCUCUUCAAACAACACUUCUUGCUCAUCCUCAUCCUCUUCUUCGGACGAAAAAGACCAAGAUAGAGAUCAUAUUUACAAUUAUGCCAUUUGGAUCUCUGAACCUUCCUCUAUUCAAGAACGUCGACUCCGCCUUUUUCGUCAAAUGGGCCUUACCCCUGACCCGACCCGAGUUCAUUUGAAGUAUCAACAAACUGCUUGUGGUGUUGGUGAGGGUUUAUUAUUAUCUAAUUUUAAUAAUAAUAGUUCCGAAGCUGGUAGGCAUAAUAAGUGUGAUACCAAUUCCUUAGUUUCUUCUUCGGUUCAUAAAAGUCAUCAAAUUCUUUGUGUUGAUUCUAUUUCCUCGUCGUCAUCAUCAGUAUCUGCCAAUGUAGCCAAUGCCAGUAACUGUAUAGUUGUAAAUAAUAAUGACAAUGAUCAAUUACAUAAAGGCAAUGGAAAUGAGAGUUGUAAUUUGAUGCCGGUAGUAGAAAAUGGUGAGUUAGAGGAGGAUGAUUUGGAAUCGAAUAGAGAUGUUGAAAUUGAGGAGAGUGUGUGUACGAUAAAGAAUCUCGAUAACGGAAAGGAGUUUGUAGUUAACGAAGUGAGGGAAGAUGGGAUGUGGAACAAACUCAAGGAAGUUAGUACAGGAAAACAGUUGACUAUAGAAGAAUUCGAUAUGUGUGUUGGAACUUCACCAAUUGUUCAAGAAUUGAUGAGAAGACAAAAUGUGGAAGAGUUGGAUUGUAGUAAUACGAAUGGUGGGACCGGGCUUAAGACUAAGAAAAGAGGAAGUUGGUUGAAGAGCAUUCGAAAUGUGGCUAGCCGUCAUAAGGAGCGGAGAAGUAGUGAUGAGAGGGACACGUCUUCUGAGAAAGGUGGUCGAAGGUCGAGUUCUGCUACGGAUGAUAGUCAGGAUGUUUCCCUUAACGGACCUGAAAGGGUUCGGGUUCGUCAGUAUGGGAAGUCGAGCAAAGAACUUACGGCGCUUUACAAGAGUCAAGAGAUACAGGCACACAAAGGGUCUAUUUGGACUAUACAAUUUAGUUUGGAUGGAAAAUAUCUUGCUAGUGCCGGUGAGGACCGGGUAAUACAUGUUUGGGAGGUUACAUCAUCAGAGAGGAAAGGUGAUCUGUUGCUGGAUAAUAAACGGGAAGACGGGAAUUUGAAUCUAUUGUUUUCGGCAAAUGCUUCUCCAGAGCCAGCUACUACUAUGUCACCAAAUUUCGAUGGCCACUUGGAGAAGAAAAGAAGAGGAAGGUCAUCCGUAAGUCGAAAAUCAAUGGGGUUUGACCAUAUUUUGGUGCCAGAGACAGUUUUUGCGCUUUCAGAGAAGCCCAUCUGUUCAUUUGUGGGUCAUUUGGAUGAUGUGCUUGACCUCUCGUGGUCCAAGUCUCAGCAAUUGCUCUCGUCAUCAAUGGACAAAACAGUGCGGCUUUGGGAGCUGUCUAGCAAAUCUUGUUUGAAGAUCUUCUCGCACAGUGACUAUGUAACCUGCAUCCAGUUUAACCCUGUUGAUGAUAGAUACUUCAUCAGUGGCUCCCUAGAUUCUAAGGUUCGCAUAUGGAGCAUUCCUGAGCGGAUAGUUGUUGAUUGGAAUGAUCUGCAUGAGAUGGUCACUGCAGCUUGCUACACACCAGAUGGUCAGGGGGCACUUGUUGGGUCAUACAAGGGGAGCUGUCAUUUGUACAACAUAUCAGAUAAUAAAUUGCAGCAAAAAGCUCAAAUCAAUCUGCAGAAUAAGAGGAAAAAGACUCACCAAAGGAAAAUUACUGGUUUCCAGUUUGUGCCAGGGAGUAUGUCACAAGUGCUUAUAACAUCUGCAGACUCAAGAAUUCGGGUUGUUGAUGAUGUUGAUCUUGUUCACAAGUUCAAAGGUUUCCGCAAUACGAGAAGGCAAAUCUCAGCCUCUAUGACCGCUGAUGGUAGAUAUGUUGUAUGCGCAAGCGAGGAUUCACAUGUCUAUAUCUGGAAACACGAAGGUGACUCUCGACCAAGCAGAAAUAGAAGUGUUACCGUUACCCAGUACUAUGAGCAUUUUCAUUCUCAAGAUGUUUCAGUAGCCAUUCCUUGGCCUGGCAUGUCGGAUACUUGGAGAUAUCAAACUUCUUCUUCGGGGGAACAAAGUGGUCAUGUUGGUCUUGACGAGGUCUCCACUGCUAACCAUCCACCCUCACCUGUUGAAGAGAUUGGCAACGAGAGCUCGCCAUUGACUUCCGGCUGUGGUAACAGUCCUCUUCAUGGAACCAUAACUAGUGCCACGAACAAGUACUUUUUUGACAGAAUGUCAGCAACGUGGCCAGAGGAAAAGCUUCUUUUAGCUACGAAAUAUCGUAGUCCUCGAGUGAGUACAGAUGCUAGUAUUGACUUCUCCAGUGGCUUAACUCAAGCAAAGUUCUGCUGGGGUUUGGUCAUUGUAACUGCAAGCCACCGAGGGGAGAUCAGGACUUUCCAAAAUUUUGGCUUACCAAUCCGGAUUUAGAAGGUGAUAAAGAAAGUUUCCGGAGUGUUGUCAAAUUUGUACAGAUAGAUCUGUAAUAUAAUUGAUUUUUUCUUUCUUUUGUAUCAAAGACUCAGAUAAGUAACCUGCCUGAUUAGGCAUUGUGAAGGGAAAAGUAGGGGAAAAAAAAAAGAUCUAUGAUGAUGUGAGGAUAGUAUGAUGAAAAGGGAAAAAAAGAAGGUACACCCUUCGUUAGAAAGGGAAGGUUUUUUAUGUAAUCAGAAAUUGUAGAGUUGAAAAUCUUGUAAUUUCGUUGUGUUGAACAUAAUUCUUUGACAAUUCAUUCCAACUUUAAGCAGGCUUUGAGCGCAUUAUAGGUCAGUGGAGCAAAAGAGUGAACGAAUUCUGUAGUAUGUGAAGUUCAUCUAUUAGUAGAUGUAGAAUAUAUUUGUAUAAUGGUUUCUUCAACAUUUA